AUGGAUUGCCUGGUCUCGCCUGCCGUCUCGAUUCUGAGAAGGCGGAGCUCGAGCAACUCCAGGCUCAUGAGUUACCGACCGCCGUCCGAUGACGAUGAUGAAGAAGGGACUCUCCUGCAAGGACCGGAGAUCGCGCGUCCCGUCAAGGUGGUGGUCGGGAAGGAGAAGAGGCAGUUCCUGGUGGACCCUUUCGUGUUAGACGAGGACCCUUUUCGGGUCCUCAUUGAUACCACUGAGGCGGCGCCAGACCGAAGCAAGAAGAAGGAGAAGCAGCGUGAGAAGAGGAAGAGGGAGGUCAUCUUCGUCGACGUGGACUCGAUCCUCUUCGAGCACAUGCUGUGGCUGAUGCGGAACGAUUCACAUUCUCUUUCGCAGCUCAACGUCGAGGAGAUCAUGGACUUCUACGCUCAAGAUUAUUAG